GACGGAUCAACGGUUAAAAGGCAAAGAGAUGAUCCUUGUAAAUUUGGCCGAGCAUUUCUACAGAAUCUAUAACCAUUUCGUCACUGUCAAUGAGACAGCAAUGUUCGCUCACCACAAGCGGGAAUUAACAUACCACUUAUUGAUGUUCCUAUUGAGAAUAAGACCAAGAAGGUUAGAGAUGCUCUAACCAGUGGUAGGUCCUCAACAGGGACAUCCGUACUUGGGCCAGGAGUUGCGUCGCAUGUCAAAAGGCAAAAAUCCACCGCCGUAUUAAGUCCCCACUCGGUACAUUUGCGAUACCUGAUGCGUACUCGUCGACAUUGUUGGAUCUCUGCUUCUUUCCCAGAAUUGUACGCACCUACUAACCUACAUCGGCCGAUUUUCCCAAUGGCCUGAAGUUUUCCCUCUAUCAGAUAUUUCAACAGAAACCGUCACUAAGACUAGUUUUUCACUGGAUAUCGCAUUUAGGUGCAUCCACAACGAUCACGUCUGACAGAGGACGUCAGUUCGACUCUCACCUCUCCAGUGAGCCCACAUAUCUUCUUGGAUGUAAGCACUGCCGCACAACAGCCUACCAUCCCUCGGCAAAUGGUACGUCGAACGUUUUCACAGGCAAUUCUUUUCGAUAUUCGCGCCGCAGUUUUUUUAAAAAUCGGAUACUCACCGGCAGAGUUAGUAUGCGGCACCACAUUGGCCUUACCUUGUCAAAUGGUAGUUCCUGUUUCUCCACAGGACUUUUUAGACCCAGCAACGUGUGUUCAUCGUUUCCGAGCACACAUAUCCCAUUUCUUAGCAAUUAGCCCUUGGCCACAGAAUAUCGCUACGCAUGUCCCAUCGGACAUUAAUUAAUGGACACACUGAGUUCUCGACGGAAAAGCAAAGUAUUCCAUCAUCAACAUAAAUGGAAAACGAAAUGUCAUCAUCAUGGAAGCCAUUGUCGAAUCCGAAUAAGCAUCAUCAUCCACUUUUCCCCCAAACGGAUACAACAUCGUCAUUUUCUUCUGCGAUCGCUUCAACUUCUCCCCAGUCAAUCCGUACCAAAUGGGGACGAAGGUCCGCUGACCUGCCAGAUAUGUUCAAGUCCUUAAUUGAACACUACUUUUCCAGAUACCAGAGGAAUAUCUUUGGAAAGUUUGAAUAAACUUGGUAACCCUGAUGUAGAACAGUGUCAGGAACUUUCUCGUAAAAAGUCAAAUUCUGAUGAUAAGUUAUACAAGAGAAAAUGCAUUUUGCUUAAAUAUAAUACGGAAACCGAAUCCACUAUGCCUGUAUCAAAAACUGAGAGAAAAAAUGGUAAAUUCUUUGAGCAGCUCCAGAUUAGCAGACCAGAAGGUAAAGCAUAUGACAACACACUGUUUCAGUAUGAUGAAGAUUUUUCAAAUUUGAAAAAUGCUGUAGGGCUUUGGAGGUUUGGAAAGAAAGGACGUGAUCUUGGUCACCUUGGAGAUGUAACUGAUGUUAAGUAUAUUGGUAACAAUGUCUUACUUUUGACUGAUAUGUUCAAUAAUCGACUUCAAACCUUAGACACAAAUGGUAAGCUAUUGAAUACUUGUGACCUGGAGAACAUUUAUCCAGUUUGUGCAACCUUGACUAAAGAGCGACAAGUGGUGCUAACUAGUCAUGUCCAGAAAUGCAUUAUGCUUCUAUCGAAAGAAGGUACAGUCAUGAAUACGUAUAGGCAGGGUUCUUUCACAUCUCCCUUUGGUAUUUCUGAAGAUCCUCUCGGUGAAUACUUUGCUGUCACUGACCAACAGGGUAAUUCUCUGACACUUCUAGAUAAACAAUUCAACAUCGUUCUUGAAAUAAACCCUACCAAUGAUAGGAACAAUUGUCCUUUCCGUUCUCCAAGGCAUGUAAUAUUUUCUCCAAAUGGAUUAAUCUUUGUUGCUGAUUCUGGUAAUCAUUCUCUGAAAGCAUUUGACAAAAAUGGAAUUCUUGUCACAAACAUAGGUACUUAUGGACGUGAUGCUGGAUUUCUUCGUUCCCCAUAUGGUAUUUGCAUUGACCAUUCUGGGAACGUCUUAAUUGCUGAUCAUUAUAAUGAUCGUAUAGCUUGUUUUGAUCAGCGAGGCCAGUGGAUUAGAGAGACUCUUAGCAGUUAUCAUAGAUUACGACAUCCGCAAGGCUUAGCCUUAACCUCAGACAACAAAUUAUGCGUAUCACAUGGUGAACGCAAAGCCACCGAAAUUGCUUUCUUUGAUAUUACUAAAGCAAAUGAAAUCGAACAAACUUUCCGAUCUGAACGAUUAUAAAUAUGGAGUCACCAUAAAAAUUCUGAAUUCUUCCAGAUUUCAUUUUCAAAUUUCCUUUCCAGUAAGUCCUUUUGCUUUCACAUGUUCAAAUAUAAUAAAACUACAAUGCAAAUUUAUAUUUUCAUUUUUGCAAACCUUUAUCUUAUAUAAUCAUAUGUAAAUUUUCCUAUUUAUGCUACUACAUGUCUAAUUCUCAUCAACAAUUUCAAAUGAAGACAAAGGGUUAGGUGACUUUUAAUUAAUUAAAAAAAAGAUAAGAAUUGUU